CUCCCACAUGAACAGCAGAGUCUCAAACACUUGAACCAUGUUCCACUGCUUUUCCAAGAGCAUUGGCAGGGAAUGGCUUAACUUACUGCCCUAUGACUCACUCUAAUUGAGUAAGCUCCUUCCCAUGAACUGGAAUUGGCUUCCCUAUGACUUACUUUGCUGUGGCAUUGAAUUUGCCUAUGGGCUCAGGCUUCUGGAUUUGUUCCUUCAUGACCAUGGUCUGUACCGCUGAGUCUGGCUUAAGUGGCCAAUAUCCCCCUCUGCAGUGGCUGCCUUGGGCUCCUGACCCCACACUCCUCAUACGCACCCUUGUUGCUCUCUGAGUCCCGGCUCCAUGUUCAUGUCCCGGAAUCUUCCUCCCUAUGAGCAUGUCCUACAGUUGUUCAGCUCCAUGAGUCUGAAACUAAACUGGACACUCUGCUGGUUUCUGGCUUGGUGUAUGAUGAGGUCAUCAGUCAUGACCUAAGCUUGGAACCCGAGGGUGGCCAACUGUCACAUGCCUCAGAGCCAUGCUAGCCAUGUCAGCUUCUGCCCAUGCCAUGUGCUUAGACUGAAGGCCCAGGCACCUGCUAACUGUCGUGAAGCUGUAGACAGCUGAAACCAACGCACAAGGCCAGGAUGAAGCUGCAGCCAUGGGAUGGUUCUCAACUGCUACAGAGGCCUUUGUGUGUUAGGAGCUAAACUGUUGAUCCUUGGGAGGAAAUGGAUACUAACAAAACAGAAGUGAAGGAAAGUGUGUGUUUAGUUUGCCCAGCUUCUGUAAUUGGCAUGGCUUAGCCUGUUGUGUCCAGCAUAGCUGCUUGGAGUAUUCUGCUGCUUUUGUUCCUGAACGUGACAUUCACUGGGCUCAAAUCUGAGCAGACCGCAGGCUGAUUGGAACCUGGACAUGGGGUCAGAACAUGCACCCCUGGGCAGCAGGGGGACCUCCUGAGGAUGUGCAGUGUGCUGUAUAUCUGCCCAAACUGGAGCAAUCCCUCCUCUGACAUCACACAGCUGGCCCUUCGUGUCUGCAACUUCUGCAUCUACAUAUCUAACCGUCUGUGGACGAGAGUAUUUGAAAAAUAUUUUUCCAGAAAGUUCCAAAAAGCACAGCUUGAAUUUGCCCAUCACCAAGUAUUGAAUCCAUGCAAAUGGUGGUGUUACAAGUAGCCCAGCAAGGACUGUAUGGACUUGGUGCACAUACUCUACCCUUUUUGUAGGGAUGUCUUUGGCCUGGACUGUUCCCCAUAAAUACCAGCUGGUGACUGCAUUUACGUUCCAGGAGUCUGUCUUCCAUUCUGCUUGGCACACAACAGCUCCCAAAGCUAGGUUAACACAGAACAGCACGGGAUCUCACCAUUUCACCUUCUCCAUUUCCCUCUCUGGAUUCUUCCAAAGGCAUGGACCUGACUGUCUCCAUCUUUGAGCAGAAUGAAGAUUUUCAGAUGUUGUCUCAAGUACCCCCUGCAGCAGCAGAUCUUCUUUGUGUUCCUGACCCUGUGGCUGCUGUCCCUGGUGAAGCUGCUGGACGUGAGGAGACUCCUCUUCCCACCCCGAGACCUAUACCUUGUGGAGUUCACUUUGAGCACCUCGCCCUUUGUGAGACACAGGUACACCCACCUUAAAGAUACAGACAGGGAUGAAGUUAACUGCUCAGCUGUCUUCGAACAGGAGCCCCUGGAGAUCGGCAAAAGCCUGGAAAUCCGAAAGAGACACAUCAUUGACCUUGAGGAUGAGGACGUCGUGGCCGUGACCCGUGACUGCGACAUUUACCAUGCUCUCAGGCAGUAUGACCCCAGACCUGUGUCGAGGGAGGAGAGGCACUUCCCGAUUGCCUAUUCACUGGUUGUCCACAAAGAUGCAAUCAUGGUGGAAAGGCUGCUCCGGACCAUUUACACCCGGCACAAUGUUUACUGCAUCCAUUAUGACCUCAAGUCCCCGGACGCCUUCAAAGUUGCUAUGAACAACCUAGCAAAGUGCUUCUCCAAUGUCUUCAUUGCCUCCAAGCUGGAGGCUGUGCAGUAUGCACAUGUUUCCAGGCUCCAGGCAGAUCUGAAUUGCUUGUCAGACCUGCUGAAGUCUUCCGUACAGUGGAAAUAUGUUAUCAAUCUGUGUGGGCAGGAUUUUCCCCUGAAGUCAAACUUUGAGUUGGUGUCAGAGUUGAAGAAGCUCAAUGGAGCAAACAUGUUGGAGACAAUCAAACCCCCCAGCAGCAAGACUGAGAGAUUCAUGUACCACCAUGAGCUCAGGCAAGUGCCUUACAAUGCAGCACAGGUACCAGUGAGGACAAACGUCUCCAAGGGGGCGCCCCCGCAUGGCAUCGAGGUCUUUGUUGGCAGUGCCUACUUUGUGCUCAGUCAUGCCUUUGUUAACUAUGUCUUCAACAGCUCCCUGGUUAAAGACUUCUUUGCCUGGUCUCUAGACACCUACUCGCCUGAUGAGCACUUCUGGGCAACCUUGAUCCGGGUUCCAGGAGUGCCUGGAGAGAUUUCCAGGUCUGCCCCUGAUGUGACUGACCUACAGAGUAAGACCCGCCUUGUCAAAUGGAACUACUAUGAGGGGUAUUUAUACCCUAGCUGUACUGGAUCUCACCUUCGAAGUGUGUGUAUUUACGGAGCUGCGGAAUUAAGGUGGCUUAUGAAAGACGGGCAUUGGUUUGCGAAUAAAUUUGACUCUAAGGUAGACCCUGUCUUGACCAAGUGCUUGGCAGAAAAGCUAGGAGAACAGCAGAGAGGGUGGAUUACUUUGUCUUCAAAAACAUCAGUUACAAAAGAAAAUCCCACCUGCACAUCACUGCAGUGAGACCUGAGGGGAAGAGCUGGGCAUCUGGUCUGCUGGGUCAUGCAGAGUAUCACCUGGAUUUGGUGUGAAUGGAGUGGGCGAGCUGGGUCAGAGGAGCCUGCCAGGGGCUGCUUGUCCUAGUGCUUGAUUUUCCCUGUGGUCUCUCUGAGCUGAGCCAGAGUUGUAGUUGACCCUUCAGUAGCUGCUCAGAAGCUACACAGGAGUGACACCCAGGUCGUGGUGAGUGGGUGGUACAAGGGAGAAGCUGGCUACCCCUCCACUGGUCUCUGGGGACCACUCAGAGAACUUCUGAAGUUGGUGUUUGUCCUGUAAACCACACUUCACAACAGUUUGUGCAGGGAUCCACACUCCAUCUGUCUUUAGUCUGCUGGACUUUUCCUGCCCUUCAGACUAUUUGGAGAGACACCAUGAACUCGGAGAGCUCAGGGAUCAUCCAGGUUCUCAAUGCCAAAGCCAAAUUUGCCUUUGCCUUGCCCAUUACUCAUGGGAAUUGGGCUGUGUGAGUGGGGGAAGAAUAGCCUGGGAAGGACCCACCUUGGCUUCAGGUUCCACAAUGUCCUGAUGGCAAUCACCUUUUUUUUUUUAAUGAUUUAUUUAUUUUUAUUUGAAAGGCAGUUUUUUACAGAAAGAGAAGGAAUGAUAGAGAGGUCUUCUGAUACCAGAUGGCUGCCAUAGCCAGAGCUGAUUCAAAUGGGAGAUUAUUCCGAGUCU